GUACCCAUUGCAAGGCCUCGGCACACAGGCCGGUUCACUCAGGAAAGAAACUCCACCAAAACGCUUGUAAGGCUUUCAGUUCCACACAAUCAAAACCUGCCACCAAUUGUUAAGCUUCACGACGGUUGAACGGUUCUACCUGCCGGUUCCACCCAGUGUCGUCUUGAAUGAAGCGCACGCUGCAGGACGGAGAAUCGCGAAACCCCACUACUCGAUCGAAUUGCGGCACAUAAUGGCAACCCCGGGCUGGACAUAGGCGAGCAACUGCAGGUUUCAGGCGACAAAGAGAAUGGGCCGGCCAUGGGCAUGGGCCGCCUCCGAAGGGAAGCGUAUAGCGAUGUGUUCCAAAGCGUGAUAGUCUUCGCUUUGCAAGCAUGGGGCUACGUGUUCUGGGGUGCUCGACAGGCAAUGGUUGGGAAUGCAGCAGAGCGGGAGCUGCAGCAUGCCAGGACCGCCAAAAUACGGACAGAGCCAAGAGGUUAAAAGCAUUGGGAAGUAUCAAGUACCGUUACAAGGCGAAAUCAGUCCCAGGCCCCUCGCCACAGCCCUCAUGUCUUCUCCCAGAAUGACCAUGGCCAGUCAGGAAUACUGCCCCGCAUCAACGCCUCAGCGUCAACAAAGC